CUCUUUUUUGAAUCAUCUUCUGACCAUAACCAAUCAAACUAAAGUCAACAUGAAUCACAUGUUUCAGAUCUCCGGCGAUGUAAUCAAGUCUUUGGGGUUGAAGAUGAAGUUUAUGAUAACAUUCAUCUUUACUGGUGUACUCAUUGGUUCUGUCUUCUUACUAUCAUCCUCAGACAACUUCAACGACCAACUUCUUUAUGCUACAAUCAACGGUUCCAAGGAAUCCAAAACACCCCAAGAUAAGUUGAUAGGAGGACUAUUAACAUCAGAUUUCGAUGAACGUUCUUGCGUGAGUAGAUACUAUAAAUCAUCCUUGUACCGCAAGCCAUCUCCAUACAACCCAUCUGAAUACCUAAUCUCCAAGCUAAGAAGCUAUGAGAAGCUCCACAAGCGUUGCGGUCCAGGCACACAAGCUUACAAGGAAGCAACAAAGAAUCUUCUUCAUGGUCAUGAUGACAACAAGAACUACGCAAACAAAACCGUCGAUGAAUGCAAAUACAUUGUGUGGGUCGCUGUCUACGGUCUUGGAAACAGGAUACUAACUCUCGCAUCUGUCUUCCUCUACGCUCUCUUGACGGAUAGAGUCGUUCUUGUUGAUCAAAGCAAAGACAUAAGUGAUCUCUUCUGCGAGCCGUUUCCAGGUACUUCAUGGUUACUCCCUCGUGACUUCCCAUUAACGAGACAGAUCGAUGGAUACAAUAAAGAAUACUCUCGUUGCUACGGAACAAUGUUGAACAAUCAUGCCAUUAGUACAAACUCAACUCCUCCUCAUCUCUAUCUUCACAUCUUACAUGACUCAAGAGAUGAAGACAAGAUGUUCUUCUGCCCCAAGGAUCAAACUCUGAUCGAUAAAGUCCCUUGGUUGAUUGUUAAAGCGAAUGUCUACUUUGUUCCAUCCUUAUGGUUUAAUCCAAGUUUUCAAACCGAACUGGUGAAGCUAUUCCCGCAGAAAGAAGCAGUGUUUCAUCUCCUGGCUAAGUAUCUUUACCACCCGACGAAUGAUGUUUGGGGUAUGAUCACAAAGUACUACAAGGCUCACUUAGCUAGAGCUGACGAGAGACUCGGGAUUCAAAUACGUGUUUUCAGCGGCGACGCGGGAUAUUUAAAAAACGUCAUGGGUCAGGUCUUGUCAUGUACGCAAAGAGAGAAGCUAUUACCUCAAGUGGUUACACAAGAGGUUAAUGUCACUCAAAGUCAGAAAGUUAAAGCUGUUCUUGUCACAUCUCUAUAUCCAGAGUACUCUGAUCAUUUGAGGAACAUGUUUUCGAAGCAAAAAGGAGAAACAAUCAAAGUUUAUCAACCAAGUGGAGAAAGGUAUCAACAAACAGACAAGAAGAUACACGACCAAAAGGCUUUAACGGAGAUGUAUCUUCUGAGUUUAAACGAUAAAGUUGUCACGAGUGCAAGGUCCACGUUCGGGUACGUUGCUCAUAGUCUUGGAGGGUUAAAGCCGUGGUUAAUGUAUCAGCCGAUGGAUAAAUCAGUUCCUGAUCCGCCUUGUGUUCGAUCCACGUCUAUUGAGCCUUGUCAUCUUACUUCACCGUCUCAUGGGUGUGGUGCUGAUUGGGGAACUGACUCAGGGAAGGUUCUUCCGUUUGUAAAGCAUUGUGAGGAUCGUGAUAAUGAUGGGCUCAAGCUGUUUGAUGAGUUGUAGUAGUACUUCUUGUUUAUCUUUUUUUAGCUUAUUUCAUUGGAUUAUUUGGAAUUACUGAAACAGAGGAUCAGUGAUUAUCUAUCUUUUGAUUCUUGUCUAUUAAUAAUCAUUUAAAUGUUUAAUAGAAGAUUCUUACAUUUUUGUAUUCUAUCUAUCAAUAUGAUAAGGCAUAGAGAGACAUUGUAUUAUACAACAGAGAACCUGUUGUUUU